AUGAAUUCCGUUCAUCUCUUCAUUUCUCUGUUUCUAUUGGUUGCAUUUCCCAGUCUGCAGAAGGUUCUUGGAAAUGCAGAGGUUAGAGCUCUGAUGGACUUGAAGGCCUCUCUGGACCCAGAGGGCAAGAUCCUUAGCUCGUGGAUCAGUGAUGGUGAUCCAUGCAGUGGCUUGUUCCAAGGGAUUGCGUGCAACGAGCACAGGAAAGUGGCCAACAUCUCCUUGCAGGGAAAGGGUCUUUCGGGUUGGCUCUCUCCAGCAGUGGCUGAACUCAAAUGCUUGUCGGGCUUAUACUUGCAUUACAACAAUCUUUCUGGUGAGAUACCCCCACAGAUUUCAAAUCUCACUGAUUUGGUUGAUCUCUAUCUUGAUGUGAAUAGUCUAUCUGGAACCAUUCCUCCUGAGGUCGGCAACAUGGCUAGUCUCCAAGUGCUGCAACUGGCUGACAACCAGUUGGUUGGGAAUAUACCUACUCAGAUGGGUUCCUUAAAGCAGCUUAGUACUCUUGCUUUGCAGUACAACAAAUUAACUGGUCAAAUUCCUCUUAGCUUGGGGAACUUGGAGAGGCUAAGCAGGCUAAAUUUGAGCUUCAACAACUUUAGUGGUAUGAUUCCGGCAACACUAGCACAUAAUGAACAUUUGGAAGUUCUAGACAUUCAGAACAAUUCUCUAUCAGGAAUUGUUCCUUCGGCAUUGAAAAGACUUGGGGAAGCAUUCCAAGGUGCAAACAACCCAGGUUUGUGUGGAUUUGGGUUUUCAACCUUGAGAGUUUGCAACAAAGAUCAAGACUUAAAAGUCAAUCAUAUUGACACCUCAGAUCAAGGCCAACACAAAAAUAGUAAUCCUGCUAAGGCGCUCCCUGAGCCUGCAAAUCUCCAGUGGCAUUGUAACCAAAUCCAUUGCUCAAAAUCAGGAAGGUUUCCUCAAACUGUCAUCACAGCAGGUGUUAUAAUCAUUACUCUCACAUUAAUAUGUGCUGGAUUUUUUACAUUUGUCAAAUACCGCCGUCAAAAGCAGAGGAUUAGUAAUACAUCAAGUUCUUCUGAAGGGAAACUUAGUCCUGACCAGCCUAAAGAGUUCUACAGAAAAAGUCCAUCUGCCCUUGUUAAUCUUGAGUACUAUAAUGGAUGGGAUCCAUUGUCUAAUGGUCAAAAUGCUGAAGCUGGGGGAUUAUCCAAUGAAUAUCUAAAUCAAUUUAGGUUUAAUGUGGAUGAGGUUGAAUCUGCAACACAGUACCUAUCCGAAGCUAAUAUAUUGGGCAAGAGCAAAUUCUCAGCAGUUUAUAAAGGGGUUCUCAGAGAUGGUUCUCUUGUGGCUAUUAGAAGCAUUAGCGUGACAUGUUGCAAAACUGAGGAAGCUGAAUUUGUAAAGGGGUUGAGCUUAUUAACCUCUUUGAGACAUGAAAACCUUGUUAGGUUGAGAGGUUUUUGUUGCUCAAGUAGUAGAGGUGAGUGUUACCUUAUCUAUGACUUUGUCACCAUGGGUAACCUGUCUCAAUAUCUUGACAUAGAAGAUGGAAGUGGCCAUGUGCUUGAGUGGUCCAAGAGGGUUUCUAUCAUCAAGGGCAUUGCAAAGGGUAUUGGAUAUCUUCAUAGCAAUGAAGCAAGCAAACCUACCAUAGUUCACCAGAAUAUUUCAGUGGAAAAUGUUCUCCUCGAUCAACAGUUCAACCCAUUGAUCAUGGAUGCUGGACUCCCCAAGCUUCUUGCUGAUGAUGUGGUUUUCUCAGCACUAAAAGUAAGUGCCGCCAUGGGAUACCUAGCUCCCGAAUACAUUACCACUGGACGCUUUACUGAGAAGAGUGACAUAUACGCAUUUGGGGUUAUUGUUCUUCAAGUUCUAUCUGGCAAGAAGGCAAUAGGUAGUUCAAUAAGAAUGGCAGUUGAGUCUUUUAGAUUUGAUGAUUCUGUUGACACAAACCUUAGGGGAAGAUAUUCUAAAUCCGAAGCGGAGACGCUUUCAAAGCUUGCAAUACAAUGUACUCAUGAGCUUCCUGACCAAAGGCCAACAAUGGUGGAUGUGAUUCAGGAGCUAAGUGUGUUUCCUGCUCAUUUAUAA